AACUAUCCCAAUUUGGGUUCAUUCUCGCGCAAGCUUUCUUCCCAAAAUUCAAAUCCCCCGCUCAGAAUUUCAGAUUCAAAUUUCAUUCUUUUCCCCUAUUUAAUCUUCACAUUAUCCUCCUUAUUUUCCACAAGCAACCAUUUGUAUUUUGAUCCAAAAUCUUGAUUCAGUCUCCCCAAAAAUGCCUUCAAUUCCGGAAGAACCCAUCCUCGCCCCAACGCCAGAUCGAUUCUGCAUGUUCCCAAUUCAAUAUCCCCAAAUUUGGGAAAUGUACAAGAAGGCAGAGGCCUCGUUUUGGACGGCGGAAGAGGUUGAUUUGUCCCAGGAUAUACAGCACUGGGAAAAAUUGACCGACGAUGAGAAGCAUUUCAUUAAGCAUGUUCUUGCCUUUUUCGCCGCCUCGGAUGGCAUUGUUUUGGAGAAUCUCGCCGGAAGAUUCAUGAAAGAGGUUCAAAUCUCGGAGGCGCGUGCUUUUUAUGGGUUCCAGAUCGCGAUUGAGAAUAUCCAUUCCGAGAUGUAUAGUCUCCUUCUUGAGUCCUAUAUAAAGGAUUCAGAGGAGAAGAAUCGGCUUUUCCACGCGAUCGAGACCGUUCCUUGUGUUGAGAAGAAGGCCAAGUGGGCCCUCCGCUGGAUUGACGGCUCAGAAUCCUUUGCCGAGCGCAUACUCGCCUUUGCUUGCGUCGAAGGGAUUUUCUUCUCCGGAAGUUUCUGCGCUAUAUUUUGGCUAAAAAAGCGUGGAUUGAUGCCUGGAUUAACUUUUUCAAACGAGUUAAUCUCGAGAGACGAGGGUUUGCACUGUGAUUUUGCUUGCUUGCUCUACAGCCUUCUGAGAAUGAAACUGAGUGAGGAUCGAGUCAAGGGAAUUGUUGCUGAUGCGGUGGAUAUCGAGAGGGAAUUUGUCUGCGAUGCGCUUCCUUGUGCCCUGGUAGGAAUGAAUGGUUAUCUGAUGAGUCAGUACAUUGAAUUUGUAGCCGACAGACUGCUGAAUGCACUUGGGUACAGCAAAUUAUACAAUGUUCAAAACCCAUUUGAUUGGAUGGAAUUGAUCAGUUUACAGGGGAAAACAAAUUUCUUUGAGAAGAGGGUUGGUGAAUACCAGAAGGCAUCAGUCAUGUCAAGUUUGAAUGGAAACGGAGACACCCAUGUGUUCAAAAUUGAUGCAGAUUUCUGAUUAUAAUGGGUACUUUGCUUUAUUAUAUAGAUCUACAGUACUGGUAAUGGAUUAUCGUUUAAUUACAAAUACGUGAGUAUGAAUUUUUUUUAAUUAUUUAAAAUAUCGUUUGUAACAGUAGUUGUAAUCUGUAGUCUUUGUUUAAAUUAAUUUUUAACUUCGUCUUCAAA